UUAUGUCGAAGUUAUAAUCUCUUUUAAUUAAGGGGUCGUUUGGUUGGGAACAAGUUAUCCCAGGAUUAAUUAUCCCGUGAUUAGUUAUCCCACCCUUCCAUAGGGAUAAAAAUAACACUACAAUCCCGGGAUUAGUUAUAUCGCGAUUUUAUCCCAACCAAACGUGGGAUAAACUCGUCUCAAAUUCAAUCCCGGGAUUAAUUAUCCCUUAUCCCUCGUACCAAACGAGCCCUAAAUGCUUACUCUAUUUAUGUGUCAUCUCCAUUAAUGAUAAAAUUCUACUAAGAGUAAAAUGGGGAAGAAAUAAUUAGUAGUGUCUUGAACUUCUAAAACGACAAAUAAUUUGAGACAACUAUUUUAGUCACGACAAAUAAUUUGAGACGGAGGGAGUAGCUUUGUUUUCCUUUUGUAUUUGUCUCUAACUGUGUGCGGGCUUUUUUAUGUUUUUUUUUUUCUGGGAUUAUGAAUGUUCCGUUUCUCUUUUGUGUUGUAAUAUUUUGGCAUAUUUGGUUGCAGGGAGCAAUUAGAGGAGUGCGAUCUAGUGUUUCGAGUGUGUUCUAUGACUUGAUCGUACUUGGUUGAUAUCUUCUUGAGAUAGAAAAGAUUUAGCUUUAACUGAUUUUGGAACCAUGCCAGUUUCUGGAAACGAAGAGCCUGGAGUUCUUUCCCGGCAGUCUAGUAGCUCUUCUUCAGGUAUUGUCCCUCUUAAGAAGAGGUGGUACUCUAUGGUCCAACCUAUCCGUGCUGAGCGAUCUUCUUUUUCUAAUGAAAAUGAAUCCAAGACCAAAGAUUCAGCCUUGAGCCAAGGAUCGACCUUGACUUCUUGUGACAGUACAGGUAAAUCUGAUACUCCCAGGAACUCUCUUCUAAAGGUAAAGGAAGAAAGACCUUCGGGUGCGAAAGUUGACUCUCAGCCUACUAUGCUACCAUUUUUAUCCAUAUCUCCGGAAACAAAUCCUAAUACUAGCUCCGAUACUUCAAGAAAUGUUGACAACCUAAAACCAGCAUUGGCCAAAAAAUUAGCUGGCCAGGGAGCUAUAGGUAGAACAACAGUGACUGUCAAGAAGGAAGCUAUUGCCAAUCAAGGGGAAAGCCACGGUAAACUUGAACUUCCUGCCAAUUCAGGGAAUGUUGAGUUGUCAUUAGGCCCAAAGGAACCUCAAGUUUCUUCUUUGGUUGAUCCUUCAUUGCUUUCUCUAUCUUUGAACAAAGGGAAGGACAUUUCCCAGGAUGGAAGUUGCAAGAUUGGUUUGAAUAACAAAGCUGCUGAUGAUAAUGCACACACUAAUAGAUCUAAUUGGGAUCUGAAUACUCCUAUGGAUUCAUGGGAGGCUGGUGAUGAUGCUUCUGUUAAAGAGACAAGUCAUAUUAGUUCUGCUUCUGUUAUUGGUGCUAAUGAUAAUAAAGGGAAGCAAGUUGUUGGAGCUAGUGAACAGGGAUUUACUUUUCCCAUCUCAUCAAUACAUCCUACCUUAAGAUACAAGUCUGUGGAUGUGCUUCGUCUUAGUCUUGGCAGUACUUUACGAGAGUUUGACUCCUCAGCACUGCAGUCAUGGGCUAAAGUAGCCUCCAGCAGGGUUAGUACGAACUCGGGUUUGCUGAAAAAUCUAGCAUUGGAUAGAAAUAUGAAUUCCACCACUUGUAAAACCGUUAAGUCAGAACCUGUUGAAGAAACCUCGGUACAAGCUAAUGUUGGAACUGUGUGUCGUCCAGCUGGAACAUUGGAGGCUAAUGUAGUAAAAACUGAAGUUGUGAGUCAGAAUCAGCAGUCUAUUGAGUUGUCAACUAAGGACCUUCAGAAAUUAGUUGAGCAAAAACCAAUGAAAUGUGAACCACUCCAGGAGGUUAGCCAGGAAAUAUCUAUGACAUCAGAUGUGAUUGCGCACCAAUCAGUUGGAAGGGUUUUGCAGCUUCAGGAGAGUUCUUCGUCUUCGUGUUCUUCUUCUUCGUCUUCUACACUGCCAAUGCCUUUGACCCCUCAACAGGGAUGCCCUUCUAGAUUGUCGACCUGUUCAGAUUUGUCUGUGAGUGGGGACUUGUGUGCUCCAUCUGAGUACUCUGUUCAUAGUAAUGAAGAUAAUAUAAGUAAAAAUGCUCUAUAUCAUGCAAAUGCUGAUAUUGCUGCUAAAGAUGCAAACUUUGACCUCAAAGAAUCAAAUAUAUCCAGUGAUAACGUGGAGGCAUCUGUUUCAGAGGGCAUGGAUAUUGAAGAUCACAUGGGAUACAAAAAGACACAAGAUGCACAUAAUUUGGUUGCAGGUGGUGAGAGAUCGGCAAACAAUGAGGAAAAGAUAAGUAUAUCAGCUGGUACAGAAGAAGAAUGUUAUGGUUCUGAUUAUGAAUCUGAUGGUCAUCAUGCUUUUGCGGGACAUGUUGACACUGCGAGUGGGUGUGGCAGAGAGGAUGAUGAAUAUGAAGAUGGUGAGGUCCGAGAACCAAUGAUGCAGUCUAUUGCAGAAGACCCACUUGCUGAAGGGAUGGAUUCCGACAAAAAUAAUGAAUCUUCUAGCAAAAAUGCUCAUUGUUCUGAAUUUCCUGGGGUUGGGGAAUCUCAUUGCUUCAAUAAUGAUGAAAAAGAUUACAGUAUACCAGUUCAUACUGUGUCUAAUGAUGACUUUGUUAAAGGCUGUGAUGGGAAAGCUCACAAAAUUGAUCAUAAAGACGGUAAUCUGCAGAGUCCAUUAUUAGAUAAAGAGGGAACAACUAGAGAUAAUGAGCAGAGGCCUAUUGGCGCUAUUCAACAAGGACCAGUUGAUCAACCAGGAAUAGCAGAUGCGCAGGAAGGAUGUGAAAAGUCCGUCUUAUCUGACGGAGCAGCUGCUGGUAUCAAUGCGGCUGGCAGAAAUGUUGGUGAGGCUAAUAACGAGAAUAUUGGAAGGGCUGAUAUGUCACCAACAGCCGAUCCAUAUUUGCAAAAUGCUGAAAGAUCUCUUAAUUCUAACUCUAGUAAAGAUCUGUCAAAUGUUGGAGGCAAGAGCCGGAUUAUCAACUUACCUCGUGCAUCCAAUGCAACAUCUCCUAGUAAUUUCAGACCUUUUAUGGGUAGGUCGCCGUCUUCAAGAAGUGGAAGAGAAAGGUAUUCAGAUAUGGAGGAGGAGAAAUUCCAUCUACGAAGGAAUAGGUUUCAGGACCGGUCAUUUGGCAACUCAAGGGGGAAAUUCAUGCGUGGAAGAGGGAGGGGUUCGACCCGGUUUAACAGUUCACAUAGAGAAUGGGAUUCCGGGCAUGAUUUUGAAAGCUAUAGAGGUGUAUCUGAUUAUCGGUUUAGACAUAACCGUACAGCUGCUGUUGAGGAAUCUGAAUUUGAACGUAAUGACUAUGAUAGAAGACUAGAUAAUACUGCCUUUUCUAGUAGUAGGAGGAGGAAGCCAUUAAGUGAUGCCUUGCCUUCAUUUCGGCAUCCACCUGCACGUCAACUGUCCCCCAAUGGAAGAGAAGGUGCUGCUAUGAUGGGCAUUCAAAUGCUUCGUAGAGCUCCGAGGAAUAUCAGUCCGAACAGAUGCACCGAUGAAGAUGACUCUGAGUUGGUAGGUGUUCGGCAUAGUGAGAAGUUUAUUAGGGACUUUCCAGCUGAUAUUAGUGAUCCUGUUUAUAGUCACCAGCAAUCUAUGUAUGAUGGAUCUGAUGGUCGUUUCGUUCAGGGUAAUACAAAGUUUACCGCGAUGCAGAGAAGAUGUUUCCCUCGAAUGCGGUCUAAAUCUCCUGUUAGGUGCCAUACACGCUCCCUUGGCCCUUGGUCCUCUCCUCGGAGGAGAUCGACAGAAGGAUUCAGUGGUCUUCAAGAUUCAUCUCGGCACAGGUCUCCGGUUAUGUACAGGGACGAUAGGAUGAGGUCUUCUCCACGAACUUCUUUUACUGAAGAAGCAAUAGCUCCUCGAAGGCGUGACUCGCCAUCAUAUACUGCUCGGCGUCUGAAUGACAUGAGGGACGUGGAUGUUGUACAGGAGCACAGUCAUCCAAGGUCUCUUUCUAGCAGAAGAAGUCCAUCUGAUCGGGUAUUUAAUAGAAGCAAUAGGAGACUUGAGAUUAUAGAUCGUCGGGAGAGGGAUGAUGGUGACGAGUACUAUGAUGGGCCGAUACACACUGGUAGAUGUUCUGAGCUUCGCAGUGGUGGAAGGACUGACGAGAGAAGGAAGAAGUAUGGCGAGCGGCGAGGACCUAGGCGAAUGAGAAUUGUCGAAGAGGAAGAAGGUAAUUUUAGACAGAGUGGACAACUUUGGCAUGGAGAAGAAUUUGAUGUCUCCAGAUUGAAGAGAAGAAGAUUUACUUGAUAGCUCACUGAACCUGUUUCUGCAUCUUUUUGUUCCUGAAAGAGAAUUCCUGUUCCUGGCAGACAGACAGGUUAUAGUAAUGUGCUGCGUGUAUUGAGGAACUGAGACCGACUUUUGAAUGCAUCUAGAUGAAUGCAAUUGGGGGUUGGGGGUGGGGUGGGGGGUCUGGCUUGAAGAGGGUUUGAUAUCUCCUUAUCGAAAAGUAGCAGAUUUUGACUUAAUAGCUCAUGGGACCUUGAAUCUCUGGGGAAGUAUGCAUUUAUGCAUGUUUUUGCUACAAUCUUGUUACUAGUAGGCCGUCCAAGGAACGUGCUUCUUAUCAUUGCUGCCUGCAGUUUGUUGUUUCAUCAGAAGUAUACAACUAGUUUAAGAAGAUGCUCUUUUAUGCUGGCUUGAAAAUAGCUAGUUAAAGUUGCUACUGUGCUGGCAUGAAUGCUACUAGUUUAAGUUGCUAAUGUGCUUGCUGGCUUUGUGUAUAGUUUAUAAGCCUUAAACACAGCUUUUAGCCGCUCCUGGAAUCCUUGGAACGGAGCAGAGACCUUUGCACAGUUUGGUAAGCUUGAAAUUCGUCUUGAGUUCUCUACAACUUCAAGAUGAGCUUAAACACUUAAAUGAUUCCUAGCAAUAACAACUAUCCAUGACUAAUCGCGGGGUAAAUGACAUCAGUGGUUUACAAGAGUUUAACCAGCUGGUGAUGGCCAGUUAGACAAAGAGGUUGGUGAUGGGAUAUUGCCCAAAGGGAAUUUUGCAGGUGUAUGAUAUAACAAUAACGCCAUCUAUAAGAACCAAUAUCAUUGAGAUGGA